UUCAAGCACGGCGGUUGCAUUUUACACGUAAUGGGGAAUACCCCUUAUGUACACGCCCAUAACCAUACGCAAAAGCACAAGAAACGCGAAUCCCACAGCAGAAAGGGCCGAGCUGUGUCACGGACUUUCCUCAAACUUCAAUGCUAUUUUUGCCACGAGAAGAGGCUAGAGAUUUUCUUACAUCAAAAUCAUCAUUACUCGAUCUUGAUUCAAUGUGUUGUUUUCAUGAUGUGACUGAAUGAUGGCAGUACCCCGGGGUAGUACUCUUACCAGCAGGCCUAUCCCCUAGAAGCAAGAACUCUGUCGUUAGCUGUAACUAUGUGAACCCAUGGUGAACCUAACCCAUCGAUUGCAUCGAUGUUGACUUUUGACUUACUACUGCCAAGAUUACAGGUAUGGCUUGGGCUCCAUUACACCGUGCUGCUUACCUUGGUCAUAUUGACGUCAUCAAAUCUCUGAUCAAUGAGGGAGCUGAGGUCAAUAAGGAGAAUAACGAUGGUUUGACAGCAUUACACCGUGCUGCUAUUAAUGGUCAUACUGACGUCAUCAAAUAUCUGAUCAGUGAGGGAGCUGAGGUCAAUAAGGAGGAUAAUAAUGGUCGGACUGCAUUACACCGUGCUGCUAACAGUGGUCAUACUGACGUCAUCAAAUAUCUGAUCAGUGAGGGAGCUGAGGUCAAUAAGGAGGAUAAUGAUGGUUUGACUGCAUUACACCAUGCUGCUAACAAUGGUCAUAUUGACGUCAUCAAAUAUCUGAUCAGUGAGGGAGCUGAGGUCAAUAAGGAGGAUAACGAUGGUUUGACUGCAUUACACCGUGCUGCUAACAAUGGUCAUAUUGACGUCAUCAAAUAUCUGAUCAGUGAGGGAGCUGAGGUCAAUAAGGUGGAUAAUGAUGGUUUGACUGCAUUACACCAUGCUGCUAACAAUGGUCAUAUUGACGUCAUCAUAUAUCUGAUCAGUAAGGGAGCUGAGGUCAAUAAGGUAGAUAAGGAUGGUUUGACUCCAUUACACCAUGCUGCUAACAAUGAUCUUAUUGACGUCAUCAAAUAUCUGAUUAGUCAAGGAGCUGAGGUAAAUAAGGAGGAUAAUGAUGGUGGGACUGCAUUACACAAUGCUGCUGAGAAUGGUAAUAUUCACGUCGUCAAACAUUUGAUCAGUCAACGAUGUGAUGUCAAUAAGGGCGACAAGGAAGGGACAACUGCCUUACAUAUCGCCGUUCAGAAUGGUUACACUGAGGUUGUUCAAGUCCUACUUACGGGUGGAGCGCGAUGUGAUACAGAAGACAUUCACGGCCAGACACCCUUACAUCAAACCAUAAGCCUCGGGUACAGAGAUAUUGCUGAUGUUCUAGUUGACAACAGGGAUGCUAAGAGUGAUUCAGUGGCCAUCCAUCUUGCUGUGAUGCACGGACAUACAUCCAUCAUUGAGAGGAUGAUUGCUAAAGGAUGGGAUCUCAAUAUACAGUCUACUGACGGGCAGACAUGUCUUCAUAAAGCUAUCAAAUUAUGCUACCAAAGAAAAAGGAAUGUUGAAGACACCAAAACACUCAGAAAGGUAUCCGAAGAAUACUACGGUGGCAGGUUGUCUCCUGAAAAGGCAUUGGUGUUCUAUCUCUUAGAAAAUAGAGCCAGGAUUGAUAUCAAGGAUGAAGCAGGUUGCCUACCAAUCCACUAUGCAAAUGAUGAAAUGAUCAGACAGAUGAUAUUGGCAAGAUCACCUGCCUUGGAUGGUGCACAGUCUACUAGAGGUAAGAGCAUCUCUGAAAUAUGA